ACAUACUCCGGGGUAACAAGAUUCACCUGUAACGGGCAGUACUUGCGUUUAUAGUGGUGCGCCCCUGCUAACUGCAAUCGUUACUUAGCCCUCAAAAGUGUUUUUUCAGCCGUUAGUCAGCCUGAACUUUUUUUAGUCAGGAUACACUAACGCCAUAUGUACAUGCAUUUCAAUUUGGUGCUCCUUUGUAACGAUACAUGCAUAUGAGUCUGCAGAAGAAUACACAUCACCUCACCUCACCCCUGAGAGAUAUAAGGAGUGUGGUCGCUGGUAGACGUCGGCCUUAUCCAGACGAGACGUCGGUUGAUUUCGAUAGCAAACAAGAGAGUAAGAAGCACGCCGAUGAAAUUGGGCCUUCCGAUCUACAGUCAAGACGAGUUCCUGUCUCCGAUAUCGUACAGGAAGGAUCGGCAGACGGGACGCACAACGCCCGGCAUCCGAAACUGCACACGACCAAACGCGCGUUCGCUAGUGUCAAGAAAGAUAAAUUUAUGGCUGAAACAGGAUUUAGUUUAAAAUUGGCUGAUCAGUCAAUCGCGUUGAAAAGCUCUCGCGACUCAGCCACAGUAGUAUCAAAAAGGAAUAAGAAUUUGACUGCUGACGCAGCUGAGCGCUCGAACAAUCACGCCGGAGUAAGUUCCUUGUCAUCGUCAAUAGGCUCGUCAAAGCACAAUGGUUCAUCAAUACGCACGGGUACUAUUCAGUUGAAUAUGCCCAAUUACGAUUUCGAGGAUAAGAACAUAGGUUCGCUCGUGGAUCUGAGACCGAAACCGAGGAGUCAGGAACUAGCCCGUGACAUAGUAAGACCUUAUGCCAAGGACAGUAGCUCAACUGAGGGCCCACACGAAAACGGAACUAAAAAACCAAGACAGGAGGUGAUCUAUCUCACACCCACUCAGAAGGUACUGCUUUACGUUUUGUUAGUUGUAUUUAUCUACACUGUGAUAGUGACCUUGUUCGUCCAUUUAUACUGCCUUUACAAAUGUUGCGUGUCAAACGAGGACGAAAUGCUUUGAGCAAGCAAAACCUAAUGUGAAUGGCGUUGAUGGCAGGGCAAGUAGCUUCGGUACUGAAGGGGCUAUACGUAACCGUCCGGUACCGAACAACUAAUUGGUUGUACUUGUUUAUUAAAUGAAAAUCUAAUCCCAUCGGUAUAAGAGGAAAAAAACACGACCAUUCAAUAUCAGCAGCGAAUGCAGUGGUAAUGGUACGACGGUUCUGAAGAUUGUUCAGCAGGAACGGACUAAUUAAGUGAAUUUUUAUGGCCCUUCAACAACACAAGAAAUGUUAUAAUAAAGAAUGUAUUGCUAUAGUGUCUGUAGGGUAGUGGAGCUGCACGUUGACACGCGCACGUGCUAGCACGAUGCGUUACUUUUGUAUUUCUAGAAGUGCAUGCGAACAAGUUCUUUAGAAAUGUCCUUUUCGCACUUGCCUCUGUCUAAUUUGUUCACAUACCGAGCCUAUUUUGCCUUUUUAGUUUGGUGCUUCGUCACGUUUAUUGUUCGUAAAAUAUAGCGUGUUUGCCGGACUGGAUUAUAUGGCAUAAAUGUCUGUAGGCCUUUUUAAGCGAUACAUUCUGGAACAGGACAGCAUACAGAGCGAAACAACCAAAAUCCACUUUCAAAAAAUGAUGCUGCAGUUAAAAAUAUUGCCUCAGGUAGGUGGCUGCGUUGUCUUCGUCUGCAGUAACUCCCACCGGGGACGCUGUAGUCGCUCAUAGUUUGAGUGUGUGUAAUACCGUGAACUGUUAAAAAUGACGCACCUUUAAGUGUACUCGAUCGUUUUUUAUUCAUAGACCAUUAAAAGGUUUAUUAUUGGAUCAUUCAGUAAACUAGAAAUAAGCAAUUUCAUUUUCUGGGCUCGGCAGAGAUCAUGAGAUGCAUUCCCUGUGCUGUAAUAGUUAAAAAAAAUUCAUAGCAAAAGAUGUUACAACAGGACUGAGAGCGACGACUGCGUCCUAUUACAAAUCAAGCACUUCAUUAUAAAAGCCUAAGAGUCGUCUUGAACACGAAUCGCUUAGUCUUGAACAGGUCAUAGGUUAGAUUAGUCAUAAUCGGAUGUCUUAAACGUAGGCACCUAUCUACACCUAUUAGGCUACCGUUGCCUAUGUUUACCUAAAAAUAGGGUCCAGAACGCACAAAUCGGCAAAUAAUAUUGCCGAAUAUGAAGCCUAAAAGGCCGAAUUUGAUUGAUUUUUUUGUUAUUGACUUGUUGGUCGGAUGUUUCUGCUUGGCAGGCGACUGAUGACACUAGCGAUUUUGCUUAAUCAAAACUCUAAACGGCGAAAGAUCGAAAGAUUAAAUAAAUAAAUAAACUGCUCAAUAAACUGAG